CAACGGUCAUGAUCGUUGACGAUGGCAAGUCCUAGAAUCGUUAUCCAUGCGGAACGAAAAAUUAUCCUCAAGAGAAUUUCGCUGACCUAUCCUCGCGUCUCGUCUCGUCUUCUCCCUGAAUCCCAAGGAAGCCCAGCAGCAUAUUCCUCUGCAAAAUCCCUUUCUCAAUCCCUUUUAUUGUUGGUAAAACAACGAUUGCCCUAGUUUAAAUUUCUCCGGUCUCCUGCGAUGGCAUUCCUUGUUCGUUCGUCGGAGAUUCCCACCGUCUCGGCGAGAAUCAAUUCGAGCGUAAGUCCUUCGAUUGCGAGGAGUAGUAAGGUUAAGGUUAAGGUUUCCGCGAUUGACGCCAGAGACUUGUCUCGUGUUAAGAAUCAGAAAUCGAGCUUGGUCGGCAAAUUCUCAGCUCCGGUGAAAGAAGAUUGCGAGGUUACCAAAGAAGAAGAUAAACAGAGUUACUAUGUCAAUAUGGGUCACGCCGUUCGUAGUAUCAGAGAAGAGUUCCCUUUGUUGUUCUACAAAGAGCCCAAUUUUGACAUUUACAGGGAUGAUAUAGUGUUCAGAGACCCUAUGAACACAUUCAUGGGAAUUGAUAACUACAAAUCUAUAUUCUGGGCGUUACGUUUCCAUGGAAAGAUCUUCUUCAGAGCACUCUGCGUCGACAUUGUUAGUGUUUGGCAACCCACAGAGAACACUCUGAUGAUACGAUGGACUGUUCACGGGAUUCCUCGUGGUCCUUGGGAGACUCGUGGUCGAUUCGAUGGGACUUCAGAGUAUAAAUUCGACAAGUGUGGCAAGAUUUAUGAGCAUAAAGUCGAUAACAUCGCCAUUAAUUCGCCUCCCAAGUUUCAAAUGCUCACCGUUCAAGAGCUUGUUGAAGCUAUUAGAUGCCCUUCGACACCCAAGCCGACCUACUUUGAGUUCGGAGAUUGAUUCACCAUCAUCAUCUGAAAAAUAUACUAGUGUUGUGUAUAGUUAUCUUUAGUACAGUGUGGUUAUAGAUAGAGUGGUACGGUGUGUGUAAUAUAGAUGAAGAAGCAACGAUAUAAACCCAAUAACAUGAAUAUUAAAUACAUUAAACCCUUUUAUGCCUA